GUCCAGCUCACCAGGCUCUUGACCCUUGGGACUCCACGCGUAGGUUCCAGCUAAUGGAAAUGUGGCUCCAAGGCCCAGGUUGAAACAAAACCAUUCCUGUGAAGUAAAAAGCAGCAGUGCCCAGGAACAGAAAUCCCACCUGGAAGAACAUAUUCCUGAACUGAAAACUCUCCCUAGAAUUUCAGCGUGGAAGUAGAAGAAUCCUUAAAAAGAACACAUUCAAGCCUUGGUAUCCCCACUCCUGGCCGUUUCUUAAGAGCAUCCAAAAAUGAACAAAUCCCAGAGAUGGGUUUCAUUCAAGGACCUGACUGUGGACUUCACCCAGGAGGAGCAGCAGCAACUGCGGCCUGCUCGGAGGCUCCUGUACAGGGAUGUGAUUCUGGAAAACUACAGGCAGCUGGUCUCCAUGGGGUAUCAUGUUAGCAAACCAGACAUGAUCUGCAAACUGGGGCAAGGAGAAGAGCCAUGGUCAGUGGAGGAAUUCUCACAUCAGAACUACCCAGAGGCAUCAACUGAGAGGAUUCACGGUGGUACUCCACCCCCUGGACCCCACAUUGGGACUGCCACAGGUAAGCAUUUGAUAAAGCCCAGCUCGCAAAAGCCCUCGUGGGAACUUUGUGGUGGGAGACAGACACGGACAGCUAAUAUGGAAUGCUGAAACUUCCUGCAGCCAAGUCAAGAAAAGAGCCAUUGAGGUAGGAAAAAAAUGCAGAGAUAAGCAGAUUUGAGUAGUAAAGAGAAUGCUGAUGGUGUUUGAAUCCAGAAAGGGUUGGUCUCCCUGGUGUUGGUGUUGUCUGGUAUCCGCUCACCCCUAUGCUAUCAGUGGUUUGAAUAUGUCAACAGACAGGUUUCUGUUUCUUUCUUCUUUCUAAUAAAUGGGUUCAUAGAAGUGUUCUUUAGAAUUCGCUGACCAAAUUAUGAGGGGAAAAAAAGGCCUCUGUAAGGCCAAUUAGAAUGACAUUGGCUGGG